CCCUCUUGCUGUCGCCUGCAGCCCGGCACCAGAGCUCCCAGAGCACGUCACUGCAGCACAGACUGGUUGCCAAAACCUCUCUGACUUCCCCACCAUGGCCUGAAGUGAAACUUCCAGAUCCAGCAGAAGAAGCAAAGUACCAUGCAGAGGUGGUGGGAAGGGUCAACGGGCUGAUCGCGGCGGGGCGGUACGGGCGGCUCUUCGCCGUGGUGCACUUCGCCAGCAAGCAGUGGAAGGUGACCAGUGAGGACCUGAUCAUGAUGGACAACGUCCUGGAGGCCGAGUGUGGAGACCGAAUCCGGAUGGAGAAGGUUUUGCUGGUUGGUGCUGACGACUUCACGCUUAUUGGAAGGCCUCUCCUGGGGAAAGAUCUCGUCCGUGUGGAGGCUACAGUGAUUGAGAAGACAGAGUCAUGGCCCAAGAUCAACAUGCGCUUCUGGAGGAGGCACAACUACCAAAGGAAGAAAAUCAUCGUGCACCCACAGACCGUCCUUCGGAUAAACACCAUAGAAAUCUCCCCCUGCCUGUCGUGAUGGAUUGAUCAGGGGCUGUGUGCCUGAGCUUUAUUCUUGCUUCAGGCAGUUAUGGAAAUAAAAUUGCCUUGCCAUUGGAAAGUUCUGGACUUCUUGCUGUUGUGGGAAAUGGAAAUCUAUAUGUACUUUCUUUUAAACAAAAUGAAAUAUUCUUUUA